CGCGCGGUUGAGAGUCACUGGGGACUCUCGACUGUCGUUGAACUUUCAGAGAGGCAGCACCCCCAUGCAUGAUUCCCGCUCCCACUCGCAUUAUUAGCACCGGCGCUGAAACACGGAACGGCUAAUUAACCUGCUCUGCUUCGUCAAUCAAGCACACAACCUGCAAGAAGGCUACCCCCGCUCUGUCUCCUUUCCUGUGCCGCGCGCCCCUCCGCCAGCAACCCGCUGGCGUGCGUCGAGCACUCGUCGAUGCAACCGGCGCAGCCUCCGUGUGGAAGUCGGGGAGGAGGGAGAGGAGCCCAAGCGGGGGCGGCCGCACUCCCGCGCUGCAACCACCACCGGCUGCUCGUGCUCGUCGUCAUCAUGUACCUGGUGGGCGGCAGCGACGUUCUUCUUCUAGCCGCUGCUGCGGCGCCGGCCCGCCGUCUGGGAGUUGCGGAAUCCGUGGCGUACGACGUCGGCUCACGGCCGGUACCCGAAGUGGUUGCUGCGGCGAGCUCGCCGUCGUCCACGCCUGCUGCCGUGGGGCUCACCGACAACAAGCGGCCGGUCCCGAGCUGCCCCGACGCCCUACACAACAGGUAGGAUAGCUAGAGAACAUAGCAUAGAGCAAAGAGCCAUGUUGAGUUUCCCUCUUACCAAAUUGGCCACCUUUGGGCCCAAUAUUGUCUACAUUUGUACAGGUUCAUGAUUCAUCCUUGUUGACUCGUUUCACAGUAAUUAUAU